AUGAUUAAACUACACUCUUCUUCCAAUCUCCGCCUAUCGCCACUGUCUUCCACCCCCGCAACCAUGGCGGCGAUCCUCCUGGUUCUUUGUAUUUCUAUCCCAUAUUCUGUCAAUGCUUUAAAAUCUGAUUCAUUCACCCCACAAGAUAGCUUCCUUCUUGAUUGUGGCGCCACCACCUCCACCACCCUCGCAGGCCAAAGGGUGUUCUUGAAUGAUCAAGAAACCAGCCAAUAUUUGGCCUAUGAAGGACGAGAUGUUAAGGUUUCUGUCACGUCCGCUGAUGUUCCUUCACCGGUUUAUCUGUCUGCUAAAAUAUUUGAAUCCAUUGCGACGUACACUUUCCAUGUUACCCGGCCGGGUUGGCAUUGGAUUAGGCUCCACUUUUUCCCGGUCGAGAACAGCGAGAAGGAUUUGAAGAAUGCGGAAUUUUUAGUCAAGACGAAUGAUUUGAUACUAAUCCAUGAAUUUGAAAACACUGGAAACACAAGUUGGUCUAUGAGGGAGUACCUUGUCAAUGUGACAACAGAGAGGUAUUCUGUUGUAUUCCAACCUAAUAGAGACAGUGUGGCUUAUGUUAAUGGAAUUGAAUUCGUUUCAGCUCCCGAUAUUCUUAUUGGCGAUGUUGCUUCGAUGCUUUUCCCCAAGGGGCAGUACCAGGGGCUAGGCCACAAUGCGUACCAGACCAUGUACAGGUUGAAUGUGGGAGGCAAUGCUGUCACCCCACAGAAUGAUACCAUUGGAAGAUCCUGGGAACCUGAUCAUGCAUAUAUCGAUCCAAGUGUUACAGCCUCGAAUGCUUCUGUCUCGCCGAGUAUUAUUACAUAUCCUGAGGGGGAGUCGCCCUUCAUUGCUCCACCUAUGGUUUAUGCAUCCGCCACUGAAAUGGCAGAUGCCAAUGUUCUGGUCCCUAAUUUCAACAUCACUUGGAGAAUGAACAUUGAUACUUCAUUCACGUAUCUGGUUCGUUUGCAUUUUGCUGAUAUCGUGAGCAAAUCUGUAAAUGAUCUCUAUUUCAAUGUAUUCAUUAAUGGGAAGCCUGCGAUUACGGGACUGGACUUGACCACCGUGGCAGGUGGCUUGACGGCAGCUUAUUAUGCUGAUUUUGUGAUGAAUUCUUCCAUGGUGGUCAAUGCCAACCCGUUGACUGUUCAGGUUGGACCGAUGAAUGAAAAUACCGGUACAAGAAAUGCACUUCUCAAUGGUCUUGAGGUUUUCAGGAUGAACAAUUCUGUUGGUAGCCUGGAUGGAGAAUAUGGUGUUGAUGGGAAGUCAGCUGAUGGGCCAGGCCGUGGUACCGUGGCUGCUGUUGGAUUUGCAAUGAUGUUUGGAGCAUUUGUCGGUUUGGGAGCAAUGGCUGUUAAGUGGCAAAAGAGGCCACAAGAUUGGCAGCAGAGUCAUAGCUUUUCGUCUUGGUUACUUCCACUCCACGCUGGAGACAAUAGCUUUAUGUCAAACAGCAAGACUUCUUUAGGCUCUCAGGAAGGGGGUCGUCGAGAUACUACUCAAGAAAAGCGAUCAUUUGCGUGCAUAUCCGACGUGCAUUGUUUAGCAGAUCUAAAGAAACAAGAACACCAUGAUAAUAAGAAGAGGAAGAAGCAUUCAGAUAGGCAGGCUAAUCCAUCAUGCCGCAGGGUGCAAAGUAGUGAUCAAUGCUCUACUUCAAUAUAUGGCAUAUAG